AUGAAGUCCGGGCCGAUAUUGCUCUUUGUACUUCUAUCGUUCCUUUGUGUUAGCUAUUGUAAAGAUCUGAUUGUGGGAUCAAGUUAUAACAACAGAUUGAUAUGGCAACAAAAAGCUGAGUACAAUGCCAUCCCACUCAAGAAACGAGUUAAGGAGGUGUUCUUCUCUGAUCCAGGACAACAAAUCAUCAAGGGUAUAAUUCUCCGUGAUUUAGACCACACCGAUGCCACCGCUAGCAUCACUGCUGGAGGUGUAGGUUUCUCAUACGCCAACGUGAGACUGAAGAGUGACCGAGGAUCAGGACUUAACUACCAGAUCGAGAUUUACGUUUAA